AAAAUGACUGUGAGCCCUCGCCAGGAUGCAGCAGUCAAUCAGCUCCCAUUUACAACAGUGGGAACACGUCCCUCCCAUUCAACAGAAACAGAGCCUUCUUUGAGGCCAAAUACGAAGAGCUUGAAAUGCUCGGGGAAGGAGGCUUUGGUUCUGUUUAUGCUGGGAGAAGAAAAACAGAUAAUUUACCAGUGGCGAUCAAACACAUCAACAAAGAUGAUGUACAGCGUGAACAAGUGCGCUUCCGGGGGAAAACUUCUAUGGUUCCACUGGAAGUUCUACUAAUGGUGACAGUGGGUAGUGGACCAUCUUCUGUAGGGAAAUCUGCAGCCGUCUCCAUACUGGACUGGUAUGAUCUUGCGGAAGAGGUUCUUCUUGUAAUGGAGAGACCAGUCCCCUGUGUGGACCUGCUCACUUACAUGAAGAUCAAUGGUGGGGCCCUGCAGGAGGACAUUGCUAAGAACAUCAUGAAACAGAUGGUAGAUGCAGCCAUACAAAUGCUUCGCAACGGUGUUUUCCAUCGAGACAUCAAAGUGGAAAACCUACUUGUUGAAACUGGCUCCCAUGAACAUCGUGUUAGAGUCAUUGACUUUGGCUGUGGCUGCUUGGUGCAAGAACAACCAUACUCUGAAUUCUCUGGAACCGAAGAUUUUGCUCCUCCAGAGUUUUUCACAGACGGGAGAUACGAGGCUGUCCCGACCACAGUCUGGCAGCUGGGAACACUGCUGUAUGAAAUGUUGGAUGGAAAGCAACAGUUUAGCACCUCCAAGUUUCUCCGCCAGAGGGUUUCUUUCAAUAUUGAGAUGUCCCAAGACUGCAAGCAUUUUUUGCAGAUGUGCUUGACACGAAGGCCAGAGAAGCGAGCUACCUUGAAAUUAAUUCAGGAGCACCCCUGGCUGCAGAAUCCAACCAAAAACAAACCUUGUGAGACCUAACGACAUGGGCCGGGGAGUGAAUAAGCCUUAUUCAGGGUUUGAAAUCAGCUAUUGUCUCCACCUGAUGCCCACUAAACAUUUGACAUCAGAUAGACCUGAUGAUGGUUAUAUUGGGUCUGUCUGUUCAUGACCAAUUCUGGACAUUUAUACGAAGCCCAAACUAGGUCCACAGUUUAGAUCUAGUGUA